ACUUUUUUAAUUUUGUACCAAUAACUAUAAAAUCUACGAUUAUUUAUCAAUCAAUUUGUUUAGUUAUUUUUCAAAUAUCAUUUUUUCUCAUUUAGUUUAGUUAAAAGCUCAGAGGCAUUGUUUAUCGGUAGCAAAAUUCAUUUUUGUAUACAAUGGAAUUAGAGGGGGGAGAAGUCCUUGGUCGAGAUCAGCGUCGGGUAUUGCCCACGGUCGACAGCUGAUCGGCCGAUCCUAGUGCGUCGAGGAAGCCAAAGCUGCCAAAGGAUCGAAUCAACAGUAGUCUACUGUCUGAUGCGUCCGCCUGUCGGACAGUAAACUUACAUUCGUGUAUACAGUCGUGUUUCAAAGGAGGUUAUCCGAAGAUCUUGUUUAACCUUUCAAGAAUCUUUGUACUUUAUUAACGUUUGGUUUAGCAAUUUCGCGAAGUAAGAGCAUAUUCAUACUCAUUGGAAUACUUACGGUGAAUAUAUAAUACGUGAUACUGAAAAUGGCCUGUGCUCAAGAAUUCGGUCCUGAUUCCGGCGGGAGAAUAAAGGGGACCACCAUUAUCAAGCCAAUCGUUUAUGGAAACGUUGCACGUUAUUUUGGAAAAAAGAGAGAGGAGGAUGGACAUACUCAUCAGUGGACAGUUUACGUAAAACCUUACCACAAUGAAGAUAUGUCAGCUUAUGUGAAAAAAGUGCAUUUUAAGCUGCAUGAAAGUUAUAACAAUCCGAACAGAAUAGUUACGAAACCACCUUAUGAGUUGACGGAGACUGGAUGGGGAGAAUUUGAAAUAGUUAUCAAAGUUUAUUUCCAUGAUCCAAAUGAACGACCUGUAACAAUAUAUCACAUUUUGAAAUUAUUCCAAACACCACCAGAAGUUCAGAUUGGAAAAAAGAACCUAGUUUCAGAAUUUUAUGAUGAAAUUAUAUUUCAAGACCCUUCAGCAUUGAUGCAGCAUUUAUUGAGUUCAACGAAGCCACUCACAACAGGUAUCUGGAAGCACGACACAGACUUUGAGGCAAAAAAGGAGCAAACACUAAAAGCCAUAACUGAUGCUAGGACUAAAAUCAGAAAUGAGGUAGCAGAGUACAAAGAAAAAUUAACACUAGCAAAAGAGACUAUUGCUAAAUUCAAAGAUGAGAUUGCGAAAAUUUCUAAAAGUGGAGGGGCUCUAUCUGUGACUUGAUAAAACAAUCGCGAUUCAUUUUAAUAGUUUUUUUUAAUCAUCUUCAUCACUUUCAUUUGCGUGUAAAUAAUCAAAUUUGUAUAAUGUAAUGAAUUUUUCUAUGUAAAAGUAAGCAAUACGCUAACAGUCUUUAUUAUGUUCCAUAUUUUCGAUCUGUUCUUCACACCGAUAUACAUAUUUUUUUUUUAUAUAAAUAAAAAUAACAAUUUAAUUCGCAAUAUGUUAUAAUACAAUUUGUCGUGUAUGGCAAAGUGUCACAAUAGGUACACAUAGUGCAUGUAUGCUUCAAUCAGAAAAUUUGUACAACUGGACGUCACACGGACGUUUUACAUGAAAAAAGUUGCAACAGUCAAGGACAGAAAACUCUGCGCGUCUGCUUAUGUACAAAAACGGCGUAGCCGCCAUUAAAUGUGUAUAACUGGUGCAUCAUUUGUAAAUGUCAAUCAUACUUCAGAGAAUUGUAAAUUGUACGUACAACUUUAUAUAAUAUAAUAACAAACCUGAAAAAAAUUUGAAUUACGAAUGAUAACGUGCGCAUAAAAUAAUUAGCUUAUUGUAACAUGUAGGCGUUCUGCUAAUGCAAUAUUGCGCUGUAUCGUUGCGCGGAAGGAUUAAAAAGUGCCGGGACUAACGUUUAGAAUACGAUUGGCUUAUCUUUGCAUUGAUCAAUACAAAAAUUAGUAAAGCGCUUCAGAAACUUUGGGUACUCCCGCUUGUAGACAGCACGAAGAACCGAUGCUGGAGCCCAUCCACCGGGAUUUACUGAAAAACAAAUUUUUUUUAAUGAAUUAUCCAUAUUUUAAGAGAUUUUUUUAAUAAAUAUGCUGAAAAAUACUAACCAACUGAA